AUGAAAUCCAUCUCCACCUCCCUCGUCUUAUUUCUGUGCUUCUUGACAGCCAUGGUUGAAGGUCUCACCCGUUACCAAACCACACCCCCAAGCGACGCCAUCGUCUGUCAUGACAGACAGGCUCUUAACGAUCUGGCCCUGGCCCACCCGGAUGGGCUUCUUUAUCCCGAGAAUGGAGGCUACUAUCUGAAGGAUGGGGAUGAAGUCGUCGUUGGUAUCGCCAGCGACGAUCUUUGCACGGAGCUGGACGGUGCCUUUGCUAGCAUGGAUGCAAAAAUUGCCCAAGAAGGUGAGGGCGAUGGAUCCGAAGACAACACUUCUGAGGCUGAAAAUGUCAUCAAGAGAGCUGAAAAUGCCUUGCAUAACUCAUGCAGACACCCUCGCUGCUUCACUCACCCCCAUUGUCUGACCUACUCACACUGCCAUAUCUGCUCUUCCCGCAAGCAUUGUAUCUAG